AUGUCUUCCAUGAGUGAUGUAUUCCUUAAAUUUCAAUCGAUACUUAACGAUUUAGGACCACCAAUUAAUCCAGAAUGCGAUCCAAAUAUAACAAUAGCUCUUAGACCACAAUUAUGUUUUAUACGGGAUGAAAUAUAUAUGGAAAAUAAAGCUUUCAUAACCGUUAGAUUUUUCAUAACAAAAUUUCAAAAAAAAAAAAAAAAAAAUGGUGGAAAAAAUUCAACAUUAAUUACCAUUUUUUAUCGUUUUAGAUUCGACGAGCAGCUUUGA